UGUAACUACAAAACAAGUUGUGAUCAACCAAAGCGGAAACUCCCCCAAAUUACAGAAAGCUAGAAAGGCUCUGAUAAAAUUAAAAUUAGGGUUCGAGGAUGAAUACCAAAUUGGAAUCUUCUUCCGAUAAAAGGAAGCGUAAAUUAGAGAAUGGGGAUAAUGGCGGCAGUUACUACGAAGAUCUGAAGAGGAGUGAAAAUUUUGAGGUCGGAGACUAUCCUAUACCUUGGGUACACUAUCCGCAAUUUCCUGGUGAUCGCUUACAGUUUUGUACUGGUGGUUCUAUGGUUCUUAAAGUUUAUGAUAUAUCACGCUCCUCUAAGGAUUAUAGACCCGUUGAACUUGUGCAACUGCUUUGUUACUCUAGGUUGGCUAUGGCCUUUUACAACAUAAGGAUGGGUACAAACUUUUCUGUUGUCAAAGUCCUCAUGGCAACAGCACAAAACUCACCGGUUUACACUAAAUAUGUUACUUUUGAAGCUGAAACGAAUUCGGGGGGUUCCGUUAUCUUCCAAACUAAAAUAUUUGUUUAUUACCGCCCAUGUUUCAAGAUUGAGAUUUCGUUUGUUAGGAUCAAACCUGAUUGCAACAACUCCCAGCCUUCUGAUUUGGAUCACAUUGCUGUUGUUGAUGAAGGCGCCCUCCUCUCUCGAGUCAUCAGUACAUAUACCACCGACUCAGCAUUGGAUUCUCAAUCUAGUUUAGCCCUUUAUCUCUCCCAGUUUGCUCUUGUUAGCCAUGACGUCUUCGUGUUGAAACAAUUUCGUGUUGCAAAGCAUGACAUUGAGUCGCUCAAAGUUCUCCAGCUAGUAAAACUUGAUUCCAGGGUUCCAAGUUACCUUAUCACUUUUGAAGCUUCCCUGCUUGCUGAGACUGAUAGGAAAAGUGUUGAAACCUUCGAGACAAAAAUAUGCAUGCCUACCCUCUUCCCGGCUACAACUAUAGAGUUGAGUUCAGAAGCACAAGUGAUUACAGCUCUCAGAUUGACAGCUGGGAUAUCGCACUGUUAAGGACGCGGACGAUAGUAGUAAUGGUUUAGCAUCUUAUGAAAUUAUCAAUGCCGGUGAUACUUAACAGAGUUAUUCCCAAAAUGAUGCUGAAAUGAUUAAUCAGGCCUCAUUAAAGAACUAUCUGCACCUGCGUACAAUGCUACGAAAGAGACUCAGAAGAGAAGCCAGUUUCUGGAGACAGAGUAUAGGAGUAAGGUCCUUGAUGAUGAAUUUGAGAUUAAGGCGUUUCUGCAUCAAAGAUUGGCCGAGUUGACCAAUGGAGAUACUAUAUCUUUGCAACAUCAAGUUGAAGCAGUUGCUCCAUUUGUUUUGCAGCAAUACACUUCUGAUGCAAUUCAUACAAUGCUAUCUGAUAUAUCCUUGGCAAUUUCGUUACUGACGAAUAGGAAAACACGAGACCUAAUCAUGAUACUCAACUCCAAGAGAUUUCUUGAUCGACUUGUGAGUACCCUGGAAGAGAAGAAGAACCAUCAAGUGAAGAUGAAAGAGGCGUUGAAGGACUUGGAAGUGAGACGCAUAGAGCUGAUGUGGACUCUUUAGUUCAGCAAUUUGAUGUUUGAUUCAUCACACAUCCAGGGUCGAGAAGAAGACUUCCGUGCCUUUCUUUCUAUUUCCAAUUUGUGUUGUCUAGCCUCUAGCCAUCUUCCGCUUGUCCA